CUUCGUUUGACACGUGUACCCCUUCUUGAAUGGUUUAAAUAUUUGUGACAGUAUAGCGUUGUCGACGCCCAGUUAUCCUUGGAUUUGCAAGGGGACUAUAUCUCAAUAUCUGCUUCUUAAGCAUAUUCCUAUUCCAGUUAAAACUAUUGCAGUAGUGUUCGUCAAGUUUCAAACUUUUCUAUUAUAAUAGUAAUAUCUAAUGGAUAAAAAGUACUUUAACGAUUAAGUUUGAAAAAGUGGAGUGUCAUCUACAGAUAAUGAAAAGUUAAGAUUAUUUUCAUACGGUGUGUUAUAAAAGAGAGAACGUUGAAAUGUUUUAUUGAUAUCGAAUGAAUAGUCUGUUAAAAGUUUAAGUUAUUAACAGAAAGUGUAUGCUACUGCGCAUUAAAGUAGUCAAGUAAAGAACAGUGCAAAAGAUGCAGACAAUAAAAUGCGUUGUGGUUGGAGACGGGGCUGUUGGUAAAACUUGCCUAUUGAUUUCCUACACUACGAAUAAAUUUCCAUCAGAAUAUGUGCCUACGGUGUUCGAUAAUUAUGCAGUUACAGUCAUGAUUGGUGGAGAACCAUACACUUUAGGAUUAUUUGAUACUGCUGGUCAGGAGGAUUAUGAUCGACUACGACCACUUAGUUAUCCACAAACAGAUGUAUUUCUAGUAUGUUUUUCUGUUGUAUCCCCGUCAUCUUUUGAAAAUGUUAAAGAAAAGUGGGUACCAGAAAUAACUCAUCAUUGUCAAAAAACACCUUUUUUACUUGUUGGUACACAAAUCGAUUUAAGAGAUGAUGCAGCGACUAUUGAAAAAUUAGCAAAAAAUAAACAGAAACCUAUAACAGGAGAACAAGGAGAGAAACUUGCGAAAGAACUGAAAGCAGUGAAAUAUGUAGAAUGUAGUGCUCUUACGCAGAAAGGUCUAAAGAAUGUUUUUGACGAAGCGAUCUUAGCAGCUUUAGAGCCACCAGAACCAGUUAGAAGAAGACGAUGCGUUGUCUUGUAGGACGUGAUUGCCUCCUUAUCGAACGAUUGGCUCAAUAUUGUCGAAGAUUGUGAGUUUUAUCGUACGGUGCAUGCAGAUUAUUUUAUUGAAGCAAUAACCACACACUGAAUAAGACAAAACAAGGCUUAACGUGUUGAAUAUCAAAGAAUGAAUAUGCCUACGUUAAUAUAAGGCAUUGUUUAUCUAACGAUAUUAAAAGAACUUGGAAAGUCAAGUGAAAUUUUGUAUUGAAAAUCGAUACGGCAAUUACAAACUAUUUGCAUGUUUGCAUUUCUCCUUAAUUAGGGGUAUUAUACUUUUGUAACUGUAUAAAAUGUCGAUCGCAACACGCAGAUGUGGAUAACCAUACUUUUGUACAUAAAUUACAUAAACUUAUUUAUCUUAUACAA